AUGAUUCUAGAGAUUUCUGGGACGAAUUUGGCCGGUGAUGGGGUCGCCCAGCAGGUGCAUGGAAAAGGUAUUGCAGAGUGGGAAGAUGGUGGUGACGCUGUAGCAGAAACUGUUGAGAAAUGCUGUGAUAUUCCUGGACUUAAUUCCAGGUCCCUACGUCCUUUGGAGUACCUUGGUCUUUACGGAUCUGCUCAUGAUGCCUCUCGUCGGCAUUGCAUCGCUAAGGUGAUCGGUGGAGAUAAGGAUGAGCUACAGAUCAUCAGUGCUGCCAGAGUAUUUAUUGACCGACAGGAAGUGUUGGAACGAAUUUUGAAUGAUCUUUUCCAUCUUUUCCGUACCGAGGAGGGAAAAUAUGUUUCGCACUGUCUUCGUCUCAUCCUUUGUGCUAUGGAGGUUUGCAAACUAACCACUAAUAAUUUUAAUACACCCAACCGAGAAACAUAUCCAAAUAAGUGGGAGUGCUUCAUUAUUCUAUAUCGUGAAAAACAAUCAAAGUCUGGGCCUCAACAGCCCAGUCCAUGCUCUCAAGAGAAGGAUUUUAGAUUAAGGGCGAUGGAACUUCACGUCUCAGACUCUACUAUGAUGCGGAAUGGCUGCUUAACAAUUUGUCAUUUUAAAAUUCCACAUGACGUGAUGUUUGUCUAUGAGAAAUUGGUUAAAGUUUUGCUUGAAACUUUGGGUGUGCUAGUCAGCCCACCCCCAAACAAUGAAGACUUUAAUGAACGCAUUGCCAUAUAUCUCCUCAACUCAUUGGCAUGUCAAGUUGAAGGGGAACACAAACGACUUGUUGGAAAUUUGGGUGCUAUUCACAAGAUGCUAGGCCUGAUACAAAACCGACUUGGUCGUGCCGAAUGCGACGAUGUAAUGGAGAUUGCUUGGUCAACAAUGUGGAAUGUGACUGAUGAAACGCCAGAAAAUUGCUCCAAAUUCCUUGAACAUAACGGAAUGGCCCUGUUUCUCCAAUGUCUUAAUGCCUUCCCAGAUCAGCCAGAACUCUUACGAAAUAUGAUGGGCCUUCUUGGAAAUGUCGCUGAGGUGCCAGCACUUCGGAGCCACCUCAUGACAACAGCUUUUAUCAAAGUCUUUUACGAGCUCCUCAAUUCGAGACAGGAUAACAUCGAAGUUUCCUACAAUUCGGCAGGGGUGCUCGCUCAUAUCCUAAGCGAUGGGGAGGAGGCUUGGGCUGUCCGGGGUUCAGUCUGCGAGUCUAGCUUCCGAAUAAAAGAUCUUGUUCUUUCCUCUCAAUCCGUUGUCCACAUCACUUUAUUUAGCAGCCCAGAAACUGCUUAG